UUUUUUUAAUUGAACACCGCCAAAAGCGCACAUACAAUCAAAGGAAGCUACUCUUUGUGAUAGAUAUAUAUUGAAAUAGAGCCCAAAAUGGCGUCCUACGACAGUGACUCGAGCAUGGACGACGAAAAUUACACUGAGACAAACGUUUUACUGGGCUACGCUUCCAAAGAGCCCACAGACGACUCCGAGAGCCAGCUUGGUGGCUAUCCUUCUUGGCUGGAUCCGUCUGUCCCUCCUUCAGCCGCACUCGCGCGUUGCAAAGUAUGCAAUGACCUCAUGACGCUGCUUCUCCAGCUCAAUGGAGACUUGCCAGACCGAUUCCCCGGCCAUGAGAGGAGGCUGUACCUGUUCAACUGCCAGCGGAAAACGUGUCGACGGAAGGCAGGCAGCGUGAGAGCGAUCCGUGGCGUGCGAGUGCCCCCGUCGUCACAGUCCCAAAAAGCCAAGUCCGAGAAGGAAGCGCAGGAAGAAGGAAAGAAGUCCGAGUCUACGAAAGAAACAACACCGGCUGAGCAGAAAUAUAUUGGAGAAAGUCUUUUUGGAGCACAGCCCACGACACUCUCAUCAAAUGCCAACCCGUUUUCGACAACGGGCGCGGGCCAGUCGUCAGCGACGAAUCCCUUUUCGACGGCAAAGUCUGAGCUCCCUCCUCUGUCAUCCCUUGCCGCUAAGCCACCGCAACGUCCUGAAGACGAGACCCUUGCGGAGAGUUUCGCCGCAAAGGUCAAAGUCUCUUCUGAUUCUGCCCCUGCUUCAUCUCGGCCGAAAGUCGCUCAAUCGCCCGUUCCCCAGGAGGCCUGGCCUGCCAAUGACAAGUUCCCGAAACCGUAUCCUUCGUAUUACCUUGAUGCGGACUAUGAGGCUCUAAGUGCUGAGCAGGAAGCUCCGUUGCCUGCGCAUCGGAUUGAGGAGAUUGAUAGCGCAGAGGGCAGUUCCUCGGGCGGGGGUUCUCGGUCCGAUGACAAAGAGGGAUUCGAAUCUACCAUAGACAAGACGUUCCAGCGGUUUGCGGACCGUCUGGCUCAGAACCCUGAGCAGGUGCUGCGUUAUGAGUUCAGCGGUCAACCUCUCUUAUACAGCAAAACUGAUGCCGUUGGCAAGCUGCUGGCGCUGCACCAAGGUCACUCAGAAGCAAAGGUUUCUGUAGUCAAGCAGCAAGGCUCCCUCGGCCUGCCAAGAUGCACAAAUUGCGGGGGUGAUAGGGUGUUUGAAUUGCAGUUGACACCUCAAGCCAUCGCAGAGCUUGAAGCUGACAUUACGAGCUUGGAUGGCAUGGAUUGGGGAACGAUUAUUGUUGGCGUGUGCAGUAAUGACUGCCACGCCCCGGAUACCCGGGAGGCACAGUCUGGCUACGUGGAGGAAUGGGUUGGGGUUCAGUGGGAAGAGCUAGCGGAGCGGAAAUAAUUUAUUUGAUUUAGAAUCGGAUAUCAAAUACGCUGGUAUUGACGAUACGAUAGAGACGCGAGACGAAUUUGAGAUUCUUUUUUGGGUUCCUAUAUGCCCGUUCUCUCCCAAAAAUUUACAACGCCUUGCUACCCGUAGCGAGUAUCAUGUAGGAAAAAUUAAAUGAAAAAAAAAAAUUGAAAUGGCAUACGUCGUCAUGCAAUGAAAAAAAAAAAAAAAAAAAAAAAA